AUUAAAAAAGUGGGGUGUAUAAUUUUCUAUAAAACCACAAAACUUAUUAGUGUUCAAAUCAGAUAUUGUUUGUUGCAUUGGCUGAACAACUGUGUUUUGGAAAUCAAUUUUUAUCUUGAAAUCCUCACAUAUACUUGAAACAAUGUGUCUUGCACAAGAAAAUAAAAAAUCAGUGGCGAUCAUUGGUUGUGGAGCAGCUGGAUUAGCAGCUCUCAAACACUUUACAGCUGAAGGAUCUCUGUUCAAAUGUGUGUCAUUUGAACAGACUGAUAAUGUUGGUGGUACUUGGGUAUACACUGACAGAGUAGGCAAAGACAAAUACGGCUUACCAGUUCAUUCGAGCAUGUACAAAAGUUUAAGAACGAAUUUGCCUAAAGAAAUCAUGGAACUUCAGGGAUUUCCCCAUAAAGGUCCUGAAGACAAAUCAUACGUGGCAGCCAACGAAAUGCUAAAAUACUUGGAAGACUACGCUGACCAUUUUGACUUAAUGAAACAUAUCAAGUUCCAUCAUCAUGUAAAGGAAAUUAGUCCUUUAGAGGGGGAUCGUUGGCGUGUGACUGUAAUUGACUUGCAAAAAAAUAAUGUGGAAAUAUUGGAAUUUGAUGGAGUUGUUAUUUGUAUCGGCAAUUACAGUAAUCCAGCUGUUCCCAAGGUUCCUGGAAUAGAGAAAUUUUGUGGAAUUAAAAUUCAUAGCCAUGAUUACAGAGAUUCUUCGGUAUUUAAGGACAAAAGUACUGUGGUGAUUGGUUGUGGUCCCUCAGGAUUAGAUAUAUCAUUUGAUAUUGCAAAAGUCGCAGAAAAAGUUUACUUGAGUCACCACAACCAGCGUGUUAAAAACAUGACAUUUCCAUCAAAUAUGGUUCAGAAAAUUGAUAUUAAAGAAGUAGUAGAAAAUGGAAUAAUUUUCCAAGACGGAUCUUAUGAACAAGUUGAUUCGAUUUUAUAUUGCACAGGAUACAACUAUAAGUACCCAUUCUUGAGCCCAGAAUGUGGUAUUCGUGUAGAGAACAAUCAUGUAAAGCCACUUUUUAAGCAUGUUCUGAAUAUUGAGCACCCUACAAUGUACUUCAUUGGAAUUCCAACCAACACUGCUGGUUUCUGUAUGAUUGAUUUACAGGUACAAUUUGCCAAAACAUUUUUAGAAGGGCAUGUGAAAUUGCCAAGUAAGGAAGAAAUGAUUGAAGAUACACGUCUAGACGUAGAGUCAAGAUUAGCAAGUGGAUUACGACCUAAAGAACUACACAUGAUGGGUCGCAGGUCAAAGGAUUAUUACGAUUCACUGGCAUCUUUAUCAGGACUGGAAUCAGUGUCACCCGUUGUUCUACAAAUCUACUUUGAUGGAAUUGAUAGAUUUAUGUGUGAUUUCUCACACUUCAGAGAAGACAAGUACAAAUUAUUGGAUAAAGAUCAUUACAUGGUUAAAUUUCCAAAUGAAGAAGAACCAGUAAUGAGGAGACAAGAGAUUGUUUCAAAUUACUACUUCAAAUGUUAUUAUUUUUUCACCAAUUAUUCUGUUAUUGUAUUGUGGAUAUCCAAACUUCCAUUAUUUAUUACACGUGGUAGACAAAAUACAUUGAUUCAACAAAAUAAUGAUGCACGCCGGUACGACUACAUUAAAUCAAUUGAAAAAAUGCUUAAAAAUGCGAACGAUGUUUUAGGACUCGUUCCAAUGAACACACACGUCAAAGUUUCAAUCGUAUCUAUAUUACGAAUUUGUUUCAAAAAACACAAACACCAUAAUUUAACUCAAAGACGUUACCGGCAUAGUCAUGUACAAGAAUCGAACAAAAAGACCAUCGGCAUCAUUGGUUGUGGGGCAUCUGGUUUGGCAGCUUUGAAAAAUUUUGCAGCCAACGAUUCGCUAUUCAAAUGCGUAGCGUUUGAACAGACAGCCAGCAUUGGAGGUACGUGGGUGUACACAGACGAUGUCGACCGAGACCAAUAUGGCUUACCAGUACACUCCAGCAUGUACAAAAGCCUGAGGUCAAACUUGCCAAAAGAAAUUAUGGAGCUAAGUGGAUUUCCACAUACAGGUGUUGGGGAUGCUUGCUACUUUCCAGCUGCAUACAUACAGAAAUAUCUGAAUGAUUUUACUGAUCAUUUUAAUUUAAGACCACAUAUUAAGUUUCAUCACCAUGUAGAAAAAGUCAGACCUAUCAAUAAUAGUCAAUGGGAAUUAAAUGUUAUAAAUUUAAAACAACAAACUAAAGAAACUUUCAUCUUUGAUGCAUUAGUGAUAUGUGUUGGUAAUUAUAGCAAUCCCGCUAUUCCAGAUGUUAAGGGUUCCAACAUAUUCAGCGGGAAAAUCAUGCAUAGUCAUAGCUAUAGAGAUGCAGAUUCAUUUAAAGGAAAUUCGGUGUUGGUUAUAGGCUGUGGUGCAUCUGGCCUAGAUAUAUCAUUUGGCGCAUCAAAAGUAGCGGACAAGGUUUUCUUGAGUCAUCAUAAUCCUCGACUAUUGAAUUUGAAAAUUCCAUCUAAUUAUUUCCAUAAAACCGAUGUUAAAGAAAUUGUUGAAGAUGGUGUUAUUUUUCAAGAUGGCUCUUAUGAAAAAAUUGACACUAUAGUAUACUGUACAGGAUACACCUAUAAAUAUCCAUUUUUAAGUAGCGAAUGUGGAAUAAAAGUUGAAGACAAUGUUAUUAAAAAUCUCUUUAAACAUAUGAUUAAUAUUGAAUAUCCAACAAUGGGAUUUAUUGGUGUACCUAGGAACACUACAGGAUUUUACCUAUUUGAUCUUCAGUCCAGGAUUUUUAAAAAGAUUUUAGAAGGUGGUGUGAAAAUGCCUAAUAAAGAAGAAAUGCUUCAAGAUACCUAUAAAGAAAUUGAGGCUCGAUUGGCUGGUGGUCAGAGAUUAAAGGAUCUUCAUGCGUUGGGUAAAACUAAGUGGGCCAUGGAGUAUUACACUUCAGUUUCUAAAUUUGCCGGUGUAGAACACCCUCCACCAGUGUUAUUACAAAUCUAUUUUGAUGGAAUUGGAAGGCUUUCAGAAGAUUUUUUGAACUUUAGAGGUGAUAAAUAUCAAAUUAUUGAUAGAGAACAUUAUAAGAUACAAUAUUUUGACCAAAAUGAAUCGAUUAUUAAAAAACAAAUUUUGUAUUCUUUAUAAAACAAUUAAAAUUUAAAAUUAUAUUUUGUUAAAUAUUUUUUUUAGAGUUCUAAUUUGUUACAUUGUAUUUUUUAUAAAUGUUAUUGUUUAAAUAUAUAGUAAAGAAUAGAAAUAUAUUUCAAGUAUCAUGCUAUUUGUAAGUGUCUUAUAAGUUAACCUGGUUAAAUAUUUAAAGAAAACUGUGAUUGUCUAUUAUUUUGUGUUGAUUUAAAGUAAAUAUAUUAUCUACUAAGUACUAACUAAUAAAUAUUAAUUAUAAGUUAUAGCGACUUAUAAAUUAGUUGAUAAAACAUUAUUGAUUUUAUAAAAUAUGUAUCCACGUUAACUAAGAAUAUAUUGUCAUAGUUGUAUAUUUUUAUAUGAUUGUUAUCAAAAUGUUCUUGUAAUAUUAAUAAAAUUUUAAAAUGUA